CAAAUGGAAGUUCAUGGGAGGCGACGAAAACGAAGUCGCGCCGACAUGCGGCCGCAAGGGCGGUGUCGGCGUCCCCCCUGACGCACCCGUGUGGGCAUCGCGGCCACACGAGUGCGGAGCGGCCUCAUGGCCAAAGCUGGCGACGAGGACUCCAAGAACGCUGCCAAAGUAGUAUCCGAGCCCAACAUGACGUACGUCGAGGAGAACGCCGACCUGCGGGCGCUCAUCGAUACGGUGAGCAGGUCGCGACCACCGGAAGGCGACACCACCCGCAUGCUGCUCGGCCAGUACGAGACUGCCUUCCCCGAAUUCAAGCGCUCCACGCAGAGACUUCCUUCUACCCUGAGGCGGACGCCAGGGGAUCGCUCCCUGGACCUGGACGACGUAAACGAAGUGAAGAUUGGCAUCGAGAAGCGGCUCGAUGAAGAAACCAUCGACAACGAGCAUUCCUUCACGCGGAAAAUUGACGGCGAGCAACGGAAACGCAUUGCCGAGAGUCAGUGCAAAAAAUCUUCGUUCCAGGACAACACGAGCGUGCCGGGAGCGGGUGCCGCGUCGGUGCCACCGCUGCAGUUGGGCACGCUUCGGCGCGUCAAAAUGACCAAGAAGCGCACCGUCCAGGGCAAGACCACCAUCAACCGGACCACGACGCGCAAAGAAGAAGAGCGCAGCAUGACGUCGCCCACGGGGGAGACCGACUGCCGCCGGAACGUGGACGAGUCGAGCACCACGGCCGAGAACGCCGAGACACACGAAGAGGAGCUCGUCGAGACGUACGACGAUGAUGACGCCGCGCUGUAGCAGACUGGGCACGCCGGCAUUUAGUCAGUAUCACGCAACGCACGGGAGCGAUCGAGCACGGUGACACGUCUGAAACGCUCACAGUGGAGAAAAAGGGGGAGGGGGAGUCAGCGGCGCGACUUCUCCGAGUUUAUUCAGGGAAUUGUAACUACAUACUAAAAUGUUAUAUUAUAUAAACGGGAUGAGUACUUGAUGUUCAGAUUUGGCAUCACUUCGCUCCUCUUCACGGCUGCUUUUUAUUGAGGUAGCCUUACCUAGCAGUGAGAAAGUCCAGGGGCGCAAUGUUUGCUCGAGAAAGUAACGAAAGUGAAGAAGAAUAUAAGUGGUCGCAAUGGUAAGCUUCUCGGGGCAAUGGUGAGUUUCAAAAACAUGUCUACUGGCGGCGAAAACGUCCCGUGAGGGUUAGCAAACUGUCCGAAUUUUUGGCAUACUUGGUUGAGUCAAGUAAUGCCUCUGGAGGAUCAAAUUACAAAAACCAUAAGACUGAUAACAGACUAGAAGCCCAGACUCUUAUCUGAACCUGACAUGUAGACGCCAUGUUCUUCAUUUUGAUAUCAUCGCGGCUCAAGACUAUUCUGUCUGUUUCUUCGAGGCUUUAAAUAUGUUGCAGUCUUAAUGGGGUAUCGUACCUAAACUGUAAGCGAGGGCUGACACAGGGAAGAAAUAGCUUCGUAAUAAGUGACUGGUGCAAAAAGCUACUGCAGGAGCCUGCUAGCUAAAGUAUACUACAGUGCCUGCACUGUCUAGGCUCAAAUCAAUCCAAAUGCCCUCCAACUUCCCCUCCCCCUGUUUUUUCCAACGCGAGUUACCGCAUGUCACGUAACACAAAGCCUUAUUCCUUCGUGGUUUCCAUGAAUAACCGCGACGUUCUGCAGCAUGACCUUGGGGACUCUGGCUCAAACCCGCCUGCGCUUGUAUAAUGGACGAUGGUCAAGCAUCAAGAUUUGGUGCUUGCAUUGCAAGCAUUUGCUGUCCUAAAGUGCAAAUGAGAGGAACUUCUAUAAGAUCACUGCUUUUCUCCAACAGGACGGCAAAUGUGAUGCGACAUGGCCAAGUACUAGGGCGGAGAAAGUCUUUGGUAUGGGCGCUGUAAAAUUCUACAAGACGGACGUACUUAACCGAGGAGCGAAUAAUAUAUAAUCGAGGAACGAGUAAACACUUCUUAGGGCUAA